AAAACAGGAGAAUGAAAGAAUGGCCAAAACAAAUGAAUGAAAAGAUGAAUGAAUGAACUUUCUCUUGCCUGUACUAAUCUUGGCUUCUUGGCAACAAUGGGGGGACCACUGUACUUCCUCCUCUGGCCUCUACCUUGUGCUUAACUGGUUAGCUGGGUGCCCCAUGCUCCCAGAACAUGGACUGCAGCCCCAUGAAGAAUGCUUGAUAAUUAAAGGUGAUGUGGGUUACAGACUAGAGAAUCCAAGCAUCAUCAUUUUUCAGUUAGCCACAAUCUGGGUAAAACAUUUUCAUUGAAAUCAAAUUUUAAGUUGGGAGAAAUUAGUUUGGGGAGUUACGUUUUACUCUCAUAUAACUUUUAUAACUUUAUUAGGUAUAUUCACAUUAAGAGUAGCUCACACUUGCUUGUGGCAGGCACUGAUCCUCACGACAAACCUAUGGGGCGGGUACUGUAUUAUCCCUUUUUAUAGAUAGGGAAGCCAAGCGCGGGGGUUCAUUAAUGGGCCUAGGCCACACAGAUCACAUGUGGCAGAGCUGGUAUUUGAACCGGGACAUCUGGACCAGAGCUCAUAUGCUUGGCUUCAACGCUCUAUUUCUCUCUGAGUGUAUUGGCAGGACUUCAUGUUUUUUUCUGGGCCUCAGUUUCUCUCAUCUGUAAAGUAGGAAGAGGGGAUGAUUUGAGUCACUGUCUCAAAGGUUUUCCCUUAUAGGACCAUUGGAUUAAAGUUGUGAAUUCUCUCUGGAUGUCAGUAAAUAUGGAAAUGCCAUUGGGGCGAUAAGUAGACUGCAACCAAAAGAAAAACCAUGGAUUAAGAAGACGGAGUCCAGGCUGAGAAGCCUCUGGAUGUAGGAAGCCCAGCUGAACAGGCAUGGCAUGGGACAAUGGCACAGGCCAGGCCCUGGACGCCCCGCCCACCAACUGCGUUUACCGAGAGAACUUCAAGCAGCUGCUGCUGCCACCCGUGUAUUCGGUGGUGCUGGCGGUCGGCCUGCCCCUGAAUGCCUGUGUCAUCGCCCAGAUCUGCAUGUCCCGCCGGGCCCUGACCCGCACGGCCGUGUACACCCUGAACCUGGCCCUAGCUGACCUGCUGUAUGCCUGCUCCCUGCCCCUGCUCAUCUACAACUACGCCCAAGGUGACCACUGGCCCUUCGGAGACCUCACCUGCCGCCUGGUCCGCUUCCUCUUCUAUGCCAACCUCCAUGGCAGCAUCCUCUUUCUCACCUGCAUCAGCUUCCAGCGUUACCUAGGCAUCUGCCACCCUCUGGCCCCCUGGCACAAGCGUGGGGGCCGCCGGGCUGCCUGGCUCAUGUGUGGGGCCGUAUGGCUGGCCGUGACAACCCAGUGCCUGCCCACUGCCCUCUUUGCCUCCACAGGAAUCCAGCGGAACCGCACGGUCUGCUAUGACCUGAGCCCGCCUGCCCUGGCCACCCGCUACAUGCCCUAUGGCAUGACCCUCACGGUCAUCGGCUUCCUGCUGCCCUUUGUCGCCCUCCUGGCCUGCUACUGCUGCCUAGCCCGUCGCCUGUGCCGCCAGGAUGGCCCAGCAGGGCCGGUGGCCCAGGAGCGGCGUGGCAAGGCAGCCCGCAUGGCUGUGGUGGUGGCGGCUGUCUUUGCCAUCAGCUUCCUGCCUUUCCACAUCACCAAGACAGCCUACCUGGCAGUGCGCUCUACACCUGGUGUCUCCUGCCCUGUGCUGGAGGCCUUUGCAGCAGCCUACAAGGUCACCCGGCCCUUCGCCAGUGCCAACAGCGUGCUGGAUCCCAUCCUCUUCUACUUCACCCAGAAGAAGUUCCGCCAGCGGCCACAUGAGCUGCUACAGAAACUCACGGCCAAGUGGCAGCGACAGGGUUGCUGAGUCCUCCAGGGCAGGACACCUGGGGGCAGGGCAACCAUUGUGAUUGCCACCGUGACUGGGGCACCAGAAGCUCCACCAGCUCCAAAGCAUGCAGAGAAUUAGAGCUUAGCUCAGCUGGGCAUAGACUGAAGCCCUCACAUACCCCGAAACUUCAACAACUAUUUAUUAAACCCCUUUUCUGGACCAGGCUCCACGGGUACAGAGAGAGACAAGCCUGGGCCUGGUUCUCCAGAAGGCCCCAAGAAGCCAUGGAGAAUUCAGAAGUCAUGUUAAGCUUCUCACAAAAAUACAGUAUAACAUGUACU